AUGUGGCGCUUCAUUCCUCUCUCCUCUGCCUCACUCCUCUCCCUCUCCUUGUCUGCCUCCCGAACUCUCACACUCUCUUCCUCUCUCUUCCUCUCUCUCUUUUUCUCUUUCUCUCUCUCUCUUUUUCUCUUUCUCUCUCUCUCUCUCUCUCUCUCUUUCUCUCUUUCUCUCUUGCUCUCUUGCUCUCUCUCUGUGGCUUUCUUUUCAGCCAUCCAUAACAUGCAACCACGACGAGUGGCCUCGAGCGCGUCGUUGGCUCGCACCUCCCAUGCGGUUUCCACGGAUAAAACAAUUGACAUCCGCAUGUCAAUUGACAUGUGA